AUGGAAAAUUUACAACACUUCCUUGCAGGAUGGGGUGCUGGUACUUUUGGAGUACUAGUAGGCUAUCCAAUGGAUACAAUUAAGACUUAUCAGCAAAUGAGCAACAUUAAACUGUCGACGCAUGAAACUGUAUCGAUGAUAAUCAAUAAGGACGGCGUUCGUGGUUUGUACAAAGGAAUGUUAUUCCCAUUGCUGGGUUCUGGCUUACUAAAUUCCGUGUAUUUUGGAGUUUACGAUGUGUUCUUGAAAGAGUUUCAAUCAUUGCGAGGAUAUGCCAAAGUUCACCCUACCAAUGCAGGCUGGAUGCAAGAUCUCUUCAUUGCUGGGAGUAUCGGUGGUGCUGCGCAAGCUUUGAUAACGUGUCCGAGUGAAUUAAUCAAAAUAAGAAUGCAACUUGGGAAAGGAGUGCCUAAAACAGUAUUGGCUUUAAAACCUGCUUUCAAUAAUGUUAGCACGUAUCAAACUGUUCUGGACAUGCACAGACGAUAUGGAUUCGGGUAUUUUUUUAUUGGUCUCGUGCCUACGAUAUGGAGAGACGCAGUCAACGGAGGAAUCUACAUUGUGUCUUACCAAUUUGGUCGCCAUUAUAUGUACGGCGAAUUGAAUAUCAAUCCAGGACUGUUUGAAAUUUUCGUAGCAGGCGGGCUCGCUGGUAUCGUGUCGUGGAUCCCAGUCGUACCUUUCGAUACGAUAAAAUCAAGAAUGCAAGCCGACGAUUUUGAUAAACGGAAAUACAAAGGAAUGAUAAGCUGUAGCUUAGAAUUAUUCAAGGUAGCAAGUUACCACGGAUUUUUCAAAGGAUUUAUUAUGAUUACUGCUCGUUCUAUACCCGUAAACAUUGCAAUUAUAUACGGUUAUGAACUGAUACUAUGGCUUUGCAAAGGGAUUGACAACUCUAAUUUGAAAUGA